AUGAAUGGCGUAGCCGUCCCAGGAACGUGGACGCCAAGAGGAGUGACGAAUUUUGGGCUCGACACUGAUCUUGAGUUCAAUGAAGCGGACUUUAGCUUUCUGGAGACAUACAAUCAAUCCGCGCCGUUUGAACCGUUUGACUGCCGGUCCGCAAGUGACAGAGGGCUACUGCCCGAUGCCUGCGAAGCCAGAGCGGUUCCGUCAUAUCGAGGAGUCGCUCUCGGUGCAGAGGCGUUCCGAAAGUCCGUCUGGAGAUUCACGCCUGUAUCGAAGGACUGUGCUACAUCCGAACAAGAAAAUAUCUCGCUCCCUCUCCGGGAUGCGUACGACUCUCCCGAAUCGCAUAUCGGAGCAGACCGUAGAGCGACAGCCGAGAGACUCUCUCAGGCAUCCCGAGACGCCAUCCUCGCCAUGGUGUUGCAGGCGUCGAAGCCGGAAAGCCGUCGCCGCCUGACAAUGUCCUUCCCGUCGACUGAGUUGCUCGAUACGUUACUGCAGUACUACUUAACGUGUCCGUUUUCAACUGCGUCGAGCUGGUUGCACUUUCCCAGUUUUGACCCCAACAAGGUCGAAUGUCCUGAGUUGCUUACCGGCAUGAUCGCUACCGGCGCGGCUCUCGCCCCGGACUCUGCUCUGAAUAAACUAGGGUUUGCCCUUCAGGAGGUAUUACGGACCACACUUUCAGUUGUAUUCGAGGAGGACAACACUCGCGUCAGAAACCUCCAGCUUUGGCAGACGUUUUUGCUGGUAUUGCAAGUCGGUCUAUGGAGUGGUAACAGCCGUAAAAUCGAGAUAGCUGAAAGCUUCCUGCAGCCGCUGGUCACGAUGGUCCGUCGGAGUGGAAGCUUCAGGAGGUCUAGUUACGCGCCCAUAGUAGUUCAGCCCGACGACGAUGAGAAAAUUCUUGCCCAACGUUGGAAGGAUUGGGUUCGACAGGAAUCGUACAAAAGAUUUGUGUAUCAUCUUUUUCAGCACGAUACCCAGGUGUCCAUGUGUCUGAUGUUCUUCAGCCCACUUAUCUCGUACGCAGAGAUGCAUCUGCCUCUGCCAGAGUCUCGAGAGCUCUGGCUUGCCGAGUCAGCUGAAGCCUGGAAAUAUGCCCUAAUGCGUGUGACGCGCCAUAUAUACUCCGACAGACACAUAUCCCUUGUCGAGGGCAUCAAACAAAUUGACUGUUUCUCAAUACUAGGCCCUGUUAUCGACCGACAUGAGUCCCGAAAAGCGCUCCUAUACGGCUUGUGGCGACUGGUAUGGGAGUAUCGUCAAUUCAGUUCGCUGAUCAAGGUCAACACCAACCACUACGGCCUGAUCAUGUCCUCCCGAUUCCAAGAGCUUCAUCAGUCGCUGCAGAACUUUCGCAUCUGUUGCGAUGAACCACUGGCGCCCACUGUGGACUCCAAAUGGAUCACAUUGACCCUUGAACUAGUUUUCAUGCAUCUGCACAUGUCCAUGGAAGAUGUCCAGGUGUUCGCCGGUUUGGAAGGUGAGGCAGACGCGAAACGCAUCUACCCUUCCCUAUGCUCGUGGUUUAACACUUCCGCUGCGCGCCAAGCGAUCUGGCACGCGGGCCAAGUUGUCCGUGUAGCCAAGUUACAGGCAUCCAGGCACCUGCGGGGGUUCUACUCGGUUGCUUUAUAUCACUCGACCCUUGCAUUCUGGGCAUACGGCGUUAUAUUGCAGUCUCGAGAUCGCGUGGAACCCUUGUCAACCGAGCCCGACAGUCAGCCUACGCACUCAGAUCCGGUUGUCUGGCUCGACGGACCGGAAAAUGUUGAUGUUAAACGAUUCGUUUCACUCAACCGAGGGUCACCGGCUCUACAAGAUCCCCAAGCUCACGGCGGCGUGGCACUUAUUUCCAUCCCGCCUGCAGUAAUGGACAUUGUUAUCAAGACUUUGCAAGACAAUCAUGAUCACGACGGGACCAGUUCGAACGGCUCGAGACCACCACUAAUUGAGAAUUUGGUGCAACUGUUGCGUGGAUUGCAAUCGGGAUCAAGGGCUGCGGCAAGUUAA